ACUAUUUUACCUUGAUACUCUCAUAAUACAACACAUUAAAAUUUUACACACACCCACACACACGUUACGGGGGCGUGGUCGUUCAGCUUCAGUUCAAGCUGCUAAUAGGCUUUUCUGUUUAUUCUGUGAGGCCACGACAGCGGACAAAACAGCAGGAGGAGAUGUGCACACAGAACAGCAGGCUAAACAGACAGCAGCACUUCUUUAUUUAGUGUUUAAAAGUCGCCAACUUCCUGUUUUAAAACUGUUUUAAUCUUGGCAAGGAAACGUUUUGCACGGAGCCUGCGCAGACACGCAAUAGGGGAACGAUUGUUAACUGCCAAAAUAUUACAAGUAGGCCAUGCCAAUCUUCAGAUCCACUCUCACUGGCCAAACCCUCCACGUUUUGCCAAACCUUUAACUGAAGACCUCUCAGUGCCAUUUACUCAGUACGCGCUCUCAGCUGGAGCAGGAUGCAGCACGAGCGCCUGCUCAAAGUUUUGGUCAUCGGCGAUUUGGGAGUCGGGAAAACGUCCAUCAUAAAGCGCUACGUCCACCAGGUGUUCUCACACCAUUACCGGGCCACCAUUGGCGUGGACUUCGCCCUCAAAGUGCUCAACUGGGAUCACAAGACCGUGGUGCGGCUGCAGCUGUGGGACAUCGCCGGACAAGAACGCUAUGGCAACAUGACCCGUGUGUACUACAGAGAGGCUGUGGGGGCUCUUGUGGUCUUCGACAUGACCAGACUUUCCACGUUCCAGGCCAUCCUCAAGUGGAAAGGAGACCUGGACUCAAAGGUUGCUUUGAACAAUGGAAGGCCGGUUCCAGCUGUUCUAUUGGCCAAUAAGUGUGACCAGCGGUGUCAUGGUUUGUGCCCCAAGCUCCCCAAACUGGAGAAGUUCUCCAGAGACUGUGGAUUCGUCGGCUGGUACGAAACGUCUGCCAAAGACAAUACCAACAUCGACGCCGCCAUCACAUGUUUGGUGAAAAACAUCAUGUCUGUGGAUGAGGAAGGAGCCUCGAAUGGCACCACGGCCAAAGCUGAACCAGAAGGCCAGAAGCACAGUGAUGACUCUAUCCACACCUCCCUCAUCAUGCCGUUCAGUAUCAGCCCUCAGUUUCUCAUCAGCCUCCUGCUGCUGGGCCUUUCUGUCGUCUUGUCUGGCAGCCUCUACCCGUGGGUCCUCAGAUAUGUCUGCAUCGGCUGCUGCCAGCCCUUCGCAGUCCUCGCUGAGUCAGAAGCCCUGGCCGGGAUGGUGUGAAGCCAUCACCUUCUGCUGAGAGACUCACUCACACAUCACACAGGAUAGUUCCCAUUCUUCACAGGUAAAGAUGACAUGUCACACCUGUGCAUUGGCUCUGUUCACUAGAGUGCUGGACUUCAUAUAAAAAUUAUGUCUCACUUUAUGACUUUAUGACUUUACAGCCAUAAUGUGUGGCAAAAUGUUUGCUUAAAGUUUAUUGUUAUAUCUUGUAAACUUUGCCUUUUCAUAUGCGAUAGGAAUCGAAAACUAUUUGCACUGUAAAGAGCUCAGUAAGUGUCAAGGGGAAAAUAAAAAAAAGUAAU